UAAAAUUUCUUAAUAAUUCUAAUCAUUAAAUCAUUAGAUAUAAAAUAAGAAAUUAAUAAACUAUCAAAGAUAUAUUUGUAGUAUAUAUUUCUAAUGAGUUUUAAAAAUUAUUACAAAGAGAUUAUCAUCAACUUCUAGACAGAAAGAAAUGAUGAUUAAACAAAUUUAGAGAGUCAUCCCUAAGAUAAUUAGUAAUAAUAAUAGAAAAUCAAUAUUUAGAGCCAAAAUAUAUAGAUAUCAAACAAUAGUCUACCUACCAAAAGCUCUCCCCUUUCUCGAUAAAAAAUUGAUGAUUAAUAGAAUUCGCCUUUUUCAUUUAGCUAAAAGCAGCAUAAUAAGACUUAUAGUUUAGCUAAAAAUAUGUCAUAAUCAUCUCUGAGCUCACAAAAAAAUUAAUCAGUUAAUUUUACUGAAGUAGUUGAUGGAUUAGGCAAAUAAAAUAUUGGGUCUUAAAGUCAGAAAAACCUAAAUAUUUUAUAAAAUAAUAGUAACGAUUUUGUGCAAAAUAAUAAAAGUAUUUAGAAAAAUGAUAAAGCAUAAUAAGGAUAAUAAAAUAUAUAUCAAUUUUAGUUUUAGUAAAAGCUAGAGAGGGUAAGGGAAGACUUUGACUUGAAUAAUUAGGAAUAUAAAAAGGAAUUAGUUGAAGUAAAUAAAAAAAAGCCUUCUCCAAUAAAACUAAGUCCUACUUCAAAACCUCAUAUAAAUGCAUAAUAAUACAAAUAAGUCAGCGAUUUUAACUAAAAUACUUAAAAUGGAAACAAUAAGCAUCAAAAAAAUAAUAGCUACUUCCAAUAAUUCGAAACAUUUUCUGCAAAAAAUGAAUCCUAAGAAUUGAGUAACAAAAGCUCAAAUUUAUUAGAGAAUUCUUAAGAUAAUGUUAGAGAAUAAAGGCUUAUUAACUUACAAAAAAAAUAUAUUGAAAAUUAUGAUAAUGAGAAUAAUUAGAUUAACAGUGAUAAGUUUACAGUUGAUUCCAGUAUAUCAAGCAAUCUCAGGUUAAGUGAUUAAAAUAUUUAAGGAAAAUACACAUUCCAAAAAAAUGUUUAAAAUUAAUUAGAGAGUCCUCAAAAAUUCUAAGAUUCAAGCAUAGAUACUGCUCGUAAUACAAUAAAAACAAAAAGCAUAACAAAUAACUUAUAAUUUAAAGAUCCAAUUAAUAAUGUUCAUGAAAAGUCUACAUGCAGGAAUAAUUAUAAAAAUAAUAAAGAAGAUUUUAUUUAGUUUAACACUGAUUUUAGUCAUCACUUAGAUUAAAAUAGGAAAACAUCUUCUGUGAAUAAAAAAUAAAUUGAAUAAAAUUCAGAUCAGUAAAGCAAUUAAGGAUAAAUAUGUUCAGAUGACCAAUCUUACAUUAAAAUUCAAUAUGAUAAUUAAAAUUUCUAAGAUAAAUAUGCAGAAAAAGAAAAUAAAAAUUAACUUUUCAAGUCUAAGUCUCUUUCAAAAAAAGAAAAUUAAAUUGAAGAGUAAUUAGAUCAAAAAAAUAGGCAAUAAGAAGCUCUCAAAGCUUUUGAAAGUUAAAGAUAAAGCGAUCUAUAAAUAUUUAUAAAUGAAAAUCUACUAUUACAAUAAGAACUUAAUUUUUCCAGGUAAAAUCUAAAGGAAACUAUUGAACAUUAUGAGAGACAAACAGACUAUUAUAAAGAUGAAAUUGAAAGACUAAAACAGCACUUAAAAAUUCAAGAGCUAAACUAACAAGAUUUAAACAUUUAAAACGAAUUAAGAAAUCAAGAAUUGCUUCUUCAUUAACAGCUAGAGGUUGAGGCUCAUAAACAAGGAAAAAAUGAAUAGUUGUUGUAAAUAAUUAAAAAAAUAUAGUAAAUUGAUGUACGUACAGAAUCAAUAUUUUCCCAUAAGCUUGAGCAAGAGAGAAGAGAAAAAGAAGAGAUUAUUGAGAAAAAUAUGAUACUUUAACAGUAAAUUUAAGAUCUUCAAAAUAGCUUAGAUUAUUGCAGAGAUUACUUUAGAACAUCUUAAGAUGCAUAAAUGAAAGAAAAACUCGAGUUAAAUUAGUCAAUUAGAAUUGAAUUGGAAGCUAAAAAUUAAUAAAUUAUUGAAGAAAGGAGAUAACAUAAGCAGCAGCUAAAUUUAAUUAAUGAAGAAAUCAAAAGAUAAACAGAAGAACAUUAAAAAUACAUAGAAUAAACUGAAUAGUAAAUAGCUAACAUAGAAAAUUUUUACAAAAAAUAACUUGAUGAUUUCAAAAGAACAUAUGAAAUAUCUAUAUAGAAAACAAAGUGUAUUACAGAUGAGUUUGAUAGACUAGUGCAGGAAUCUAAUAAAAACAAAGAAUUACUUUAGAAUUGCUAGAGGUAACUAAAGAGCUGUGAGAUUAGAAAUUCCUAACUUGCUGAAAAAAAUAUUUAGUUUAACAAUAAAAUAGUAGAAAUUAAUAAUAUUCUAAUGGAAAAAGAACAGGAAAAAGAUGCAAUGCUUAAAGAAAUUAAUCAACAAGCAUUCAGUUUAGAUGAGAAAGAAAAAUUAAUUGACAAACUUUAAUAGGAGGAAGAAGAUUAUAAAAAACUUUAAUUUUCAUUUAAAGUAGAAGCAAAAAGACUUCAAGAACAAUAAGAGUAAUUAGAUAAUCUUAUAUCUACUUGCUCAAAUCAGCUUGAAGAAAUUGAAUAAUUAAAAAUAAAUUUGGAUUAGAAAUCAUAAGAAAAUAAAGUUAUCAAAGAAGAAUUUGAAGCUUUUUUAGAAAAAAAUUCUAAAGUGAAUGAUUUGAGUAUUGAACAUUAAAAGUAAAAGUAGAAUUUAGAGCAGUAAAUUAUUUAACUGAGACUAACAAACGAAGGACUUUCUGCAAAGAACUAACUUUUAGAGCAAUAAACUUAAAAGUUAACUUUAACCUCACAAAAUCUAUAAUUGUAAUUAGAAUAAAAAGAGGAACUAUUAAAUAAAUUAACUAGGAAAGAAGAAAAAAAUAAUAGAAAGUAUUAAGAAAAUAUUAUGGUAUUAAAAUCAGACAUUGAAUAAUUAUAAAUAUCAGAUAAAUAAAAAUCAGAAGAAAAUGCUAAAUUGAAGCUCAAAGUAAAAAAAAUUGAAAACGAAAGUUUUCUUUAGCUAGAAGAGUUUAAAAAUCAGCUUGAAUCUUAUUACAACAAUUUAAUUAUAAAAUAUUAAGGAGAUAAUAAUAGUGAAACAUAAAAGGAAUAAUUAUAAAAUGAAAUUCUUUCUCUUAAGAAAAAAAUAUGCAACCUAGAAAGUGAUUAUUCGUUAUCAAUCUUAGAAAAUUAAAGACUCUAAAGAGAUCUGUAAGAAAAAAAUGACGAAAUAGAAAUCCUAUUUAAUCGUCUGAAGGAAAUAGAAAUACUAAAGUCUCAAUUAAGUUUACAGUUACAAGAAGUAGAAAUGUAGCGCAAAAAUGACAUCGAAUCCUCUCAGAAAAUUUAUGAAUGA